AUGACUUUAGAACAAAAAGACAUUGAUGCUAAUGAUAUUAAUUUUUCUUCACAUUCUAAGGAUGAAGGACAGCCACAGGAUGCAAAAACUGAGGAAGCAGGCUCUGAACAAACGGAAUACAAAACAAUGCCGAGUAGCAUAACUAACAAAUUCAAGCCAAAGAAAAGAAAAAUGGGAAAUUUGAUUUUAAAACCUAAUUGCUUGGUUACAGGGGACAAUGAUUACGGAAAUUCUAGGGGAAGUUAUUCAGAAUAUGAAUAUACUAAUAGGACCAUUGGGAGAACCGUUUCAGGGAUACUAUCUAAGUUCUUUCAUAGAAGACAAUCCAAUUUAGCUGGGAAAACAUCAGAGUUGCUAGGUGAUCCAGAAUAUUCAAAAUUGAGGCUGAAUGAGGAUUUAGACGAAAGCAGAACCUCAAGAAAAGGAUUGUCUAGAAUCCUCGAGACAUAUCGGAAAAGAAAUGGCUUACGAGAACAGCCAAAGGAUGAAGGAUACUAUAAUAGUAACUCUGAGGGUGAAAAAAGUUUUAAUAGGUUCUUUAAAUUGGAGCAAGCUUUGGAUGCAAAAAGAGAUGAGAAGAAUUUGAGAUCGAUGAAUGACGAAACUGAGAGAGUUUCAUACACCAGCAAAGAUUUAUCAGUAGGUAGUACAGCAGUAGAUAUUUCAGAAGAAAUAUGUACAGGAAUUGGUACUCUGGUCCAUCCUGGGUCAAAAGGUAAAACUGAUACCCAAUUUAUAAUAAAUGACUCGCCUAAAACAGAAUCAGCCGUGUUAGAAAACACGGUCUUCUCGCCUAAUACUCAUAGACCAUCCUUAAGGGAUAUACCAGGAAUAGAGAAUAUUGAGGUAUCUUCUGCUGACCAAAAUACUUGGAAACAACCUUAUAGUACAUUCAGAAUGGCACUCAAAAUAGGACCAAUUAAAAAUAUAUUAUAUGAAAAAUCCUCAAAACCUCAAGAUUCCCAAUUUAAGAGUUUAGACGAUGAAAUAGAUUCUCAUUUAUACUAUCAAUCUCGAAAACAUUUACUAUCUAAAUGCUUUUCAGGCAAAAAUCUUAUCGCCCAGAACAGUAAGAGAGAAAGCCAUAACGAAAACAUCGAUUUUGCACCCGAAAUGGAAGAACCCGAUAAGCAAACACCCUCUAUUCCAACAACCCCCAAUAGCUUAUCAGAUAACCUUACCGCCAUUAAAGGGAUUUUACAACAAAAGUACAAAUCCAGCUUUUCCCGCGAUAAAAGUAAAAGGCAGAAUCUUAGUGUUAGAUUUGUCUCACCUACUUUGUCACCGAUAGAAAUGACAAAUAAUGAACUGAACGGUAAUGGUCACAACAAUACCGAAAUCAUUUCUCAAAGUACAAGUUGA